AUGGGAGGCAAGAAAGCAGCAGGCGAGAACUCCAAGAAGGCUGCUGGCAACGCCCGCAAGGCUGAAGCUGCGGCCGGAAAGAAGGCGCAAGAGGACGCUAAGCGUGCUGCUGAGGAGGACAAACAAUGGUCUAAGGGAGCUAAGAGCAACAAUAAGAAGGAGGACGCCGAUGCCAAAAAGGCCGAAGCUGCCCGCAAGAAGGCCGAACGUGAUGCUAUGCUUGCUGCUGAGGAGGCUUCUCAGCCCUCCAAAGCCAAGGGUGCCAACGCCAAGAGCGCGCAGAAGAAGACUCGCGGUCUCGACCUUUCCCAGCUGGACGACGGCCCCGAAAACAAGAAGGGAUCUUCUCUCAGUGCUUCUGGUAUCGACAACGCCCUGGAUGCUCUUUCAUUGACAAACAAGGAUACUUCGAAGGUCGAGCGUCAUCCCGAGCGACGAUUCAAGGCUGCCUACGCCGCAUUCGAGGCCCGCCGUAUGCCUGAGAUCGAGCAGGAGAACCCUGGCCUGCGCCGACAGCAGCGCGUGGAUCUUUGCCGAAAGGAAUUCGACAAGAGCGAGGAGAAUCCCUUCAACCAGGUUCAUGUCGCUGUGAAUGCCUCCAAGGACGAAAUUGCCCAGGUUCGCAACCAAGAGCGGGCUAAGACCGAGGCUCGCCUGGGUAAAUAA